UGGCAGGCGGCCAUCAGAUGCUGAAGUUAAAGGCACCAAGAAGACCUCAGGAGUCUCGACGUCUUGGAUUACGCAGAACUUUGGUGCAGGACCACCGCCUGAUGCUCCAGAUCAUGAGGUGGAGAUGUAUGCAAAGGUGUGGUUGUGGCACUUCUUGGGGGGUUUCUUGUUCCCUGAUUCCUCAGGAGACAGCAUCAGCUGGAUUUUCCUGAGGAUCCUUAUGCAGCCACUGGACAACAUUGCCGGCUACAGUUGGGGUACCGCGGUGCUUGCAUGGACAUACCGUCAGCUUUGCCAGGCCUGUCGUCGCCAGUCUUCGAAUGGAAACCUAGGUGGCUGCUCAUAUCUACUUCAGGUUUGGAUUUGGGAGCGUUUUCCAGUUGGAAGGCCCACUAAACCUCCGGGUUUGCCUGUAUGGGUGCAUGAAGAUGUUGGACCCACCGCCCUUUUCCUCUGGACAGAUGCUAAGGUAGUCAGGGGCGAAGCAGACAGGAGGUACAGGCAGUACACUGACGAGCUAGACGUGUUGACACACAACUACGUAAGCAACAUGGCCACCGUGGUCUCGGUGGGAGCUAGAGGGGUACCUUAG